CUAAAAAUCACCGCUGUUGGUCCGCAGUUGAAAUUUUGGAAUUAAAACCCUUUAAAGGAAUUUUCGUUGUAACUGCACAAAAGGGUCGCAAGCCCUUGCAAAAGACGGACAAAUGAUGGCGAGACAGCUGAAUCCGAGCCAGCAAAAGAUUGCUGAGAAACUGAUCAUCUUGAAUGAUCGCGGCGUGGGCAUCCUUACGCGAAUUUACAACAUCAAAAAGGCAUGCGGCGACACAAAAUCCAAGCCCGGGUUCUUGUCGGAGAAAAGUUUGGAGUCUUCGAUCAAAUUCAUCGUCAAACGUUUCCCGAAUAUCGACGUGAAAGGAUUGCAAGCGAUCCAAAAUAUCAAACAAGAUGUCAUUAAAUCGCUUUCUUUGUACUAUUACACGUUCGUGGAUCUGCUGGAUUUCAAGGAUAACGUCUGUGAAUUACUUACGACGAUGGAUGCGUUGCAAAUUCACUUGGAUAUCACGAUAAAUUUCGAGUUGACGAAGAAUUAUUUGGAUUUGGUGACGACUUAUGUGUCGCUUAUGAUUCUUUUAUCGCGUGUCGAGGACCGAAAAGCUGUUUUAGGUCUCUUUAAUGCCGCCUACGAGAUGCAAAAUAACAGCACAGACGCCAGUUUCCCGCGUUUGGGUCAAAUGAUCAUCGAUUACGACAUCCCGUUGAAGAAACUUUCCGACGAAUUCAUUCCGCAUCAGCGUCUCUUGUCGGCAGCGAUUAUUUCCUUGGCUCAAGUUUACCCCAUGCGGAAUUUAACUGCCGAAAAAUGGCGUGAAUUGCAAAUUUUGAGUCUCGUUGGUAAUCCAGCGAUGUUUUUGAAGCCCUCGAAAACCAACACAAUGUCCUGCGAAUACGUUUCGCUCGAAAUGAUGGAACGUUGGAUCAUUUUCGGGCUUUUGCUGAACCAUCAGAUGCUCGGACAGUCAAAUCCGGCAACAAAUAUGUGGAUUUCCGCGCUGGAAGGAUGUUGGGUAGUGGCGUUGUUCAGAGAUGAAGUCAUUUAUAUCCAUCAAUACAUUCAAAAUACCUUCGAAGGAUUGAAGGGAUAUUCGAAGAGGAUUUCCGAAGUAAAAGACGCUUAUAACACAGCGUUGCAAAAGGCGUCGUUGAUGCAUCGGGAACGUCGUAAAUUUUUGCGAACAGCAUUGAAAGAGCUCGCAUUGAUAAUGACGGAUCAACCGGGGUUGCUGGGACCGAAGGCGUUGCUCAUUUUUAUUGGAUUGUGUUUUGCAAGAGAUGAGAUUUUGUGGCUUUUGAGACAUAAUGACAAUCCGCCGAUUGUUAAAAGUAAGGGAAAGAACCCCGAGGAUUUGGUAGAUCGACAAUUGCCGGAGUUGUUGUUCCAUAUGGAAGAGUUGAGAGCUCUUGUACGGAAAUAUAGUCAAGUUUUGCAACGUUAUUACGUUCAAUAUUUGUCAGGAUAUGACGCUACCGACUUGGGCUUGAAGAUGCACGGCUUGAACGCCCCCGAGGAAGAAAGUUACAUCUUAUCGUCUUUAUACAAUACUGCCCAUGCCCUCACCGUAAAGCAAGUCGAAGAAAACGAACCUUUUGAUUUCCGCGCCUUCCGCUUGGAUUGGUUCCGCCUACAAACCCUAAUGAGCGCCAAAUCGCAAAUCCGCAUCACCGACCACGCCGAUCUCGCUCGUUUACUCGACUCGAUGGUUUUCCACACAAAAAUGGUCGACAACUUGGACGAGAUUCUCGUCGAAACGUCGGAUUUGUCGAUUUUCUGCUUCUACAGCAAAAUGUUCGAGGAUCAGUUUCACAUGUGUUUGGAGUUUCCCGCGCAAAAUCGAUACAUCAUCGCGUUCCCCUUGAUUUGCAGCCAUUUUCAAAACUGCACUCAUGAAAUGUGUCCCGAGGAACGUCAUCACAUCCGGGAACGUUCAUUGAGUGUUGUAAACAUGUUUUUGGAUGAAAUGGCGAAGGAGGCGAAAAACAUCAUAACCACAAUUUGCGACGAGCAAUGUUUAAUGGCGGAUACGUUGUUGCCAAAACAUUGCGCCAAAAUAUUAUCGCAACAAGCAAGUCGUAAGAAAAAAGAUAAAGCGAAGAAGCACAUGGAUGACAUUCGACGCCCCGGCGAUGAAAGUUACAGAAAAACGCGGGAAGAUUUGACAACAAUGGAUAAAUUGCAUAUGGCGCUGACGGAACUCUGUUUCGCGAUUAAUUAUUGCACGACAAUUAAUUGCUGGGAGUAUGCCUUUAGUCCGCGCGAAUAUUUGUGUCAACACUUGGAAACGCGUUUCUCACGAGCGCUCGUCGGAAUGGUCAUGUACAAUCCCGAUACUCGCGAAAUUGCGAAACCCUCUGAAUUAUUAGCUUCCGUACGGGCAUACAUGAAUGUCCUGCAAACUGUCGAAAAUUACGUUCACAUCGACAUUACCCGAGUUUUUAAUAAUUGUCUAUUGCAGCAAACUCAAACGACUGACAGUCAUGGGGAGAAAACUAUUGCAUCGCAUUACAACUCGUGGUAUUCGGAUGCAUUGCUUUUCAAGGUCAGCGGCGGAAAUAUCGUCUUUUCCAUGAAUCAACGUGCUUUUGUGAGUAUCACUCCCGAAGGUUGCAUCCCCUUCAAUCCGGAAGAAUAUUCAGAUUUUAACGAAUUACGAGCUCUGGCGGAGCUAAUUGGACCUUAUGGCAUGAAACUCUUGAACGAAUCCCUCAUGUGGCAUAUCGCCAAUCAAGUUCAGGAAUUAAAAAAACUCGUCGUGAUGAAUAAGGAGAUUUUGAUCACGCUACGGAGCAAUUUCGACAAACCUGACGUCAUGAAAGAGCAUUUUAAGAAAUUACAACAAGUUGACAACGUUCUUCAACGAAUGUCCAUAAUUGGGGUUAUCUUGAGUUUCCGUCAACUCACCCAAGAGGCGCUGCAUGACGUGCUCGAGAAGCGUAUCCCCUUCCUCUUGAGCUCCAUCAAAGACUUUCAAGAACACGUGCCGGGCGGCGACCCCCUAAAAACUGUUAACGAAAUGGCAGCUGCUGCAGGCGUCAAAUGUCGCGUCGAUCCGACACUUUCGUCAGCGCUCAAGGCACAAAAACCCGAACACGACGAAGGCGAACACCUGAUUGUGUGUCUCAUGAUGGUUUUUGUCGCCGUUUCAAUUCCAAAGCUCGCCAAAAAUGACACCUCCUUUUACAAGGCGUCGCUUGAGGCACACAUCAACAACACACAUUGCAUGGCACUCGCCAUUAACAACAUUUUUGGCGCGCUUUUUACGAUCUGCAAUCAGAACGACAUCGAAGAUCGUAUGAAGGAAUUCCUUGCACUUGCUAGUUCGUCGCUUUUGCGCCUUGGACAGGAAUCCGAUAAGGAAUCCAUUAAAAAUAGAGAAAGUAUCUACUUGUUACUUGAUCAAAUUGUUCAGGAAUCACCUUUCUUAACGAUGGACCUCCUCGAAAGUUGCUUCCCUUAUGCAUUGAUACGAAAUGCAUAUCAUGCAGUGUAUAAGCAAGAGCAACUGGGCGUGCAUUAAAUAUAUAAAAAAAAUAUUCAUUAGACAAAAAUAGGUUUAAAAUUAUUAUUAUUAUUCAUAAAGACCGACAAAUAAUUCCUUUCCUUGAAAAAAAAAAUUAAAAAUCAAAAACGAACAAAAAAAAAAUGAGGAAAGGAAUAGUAUAGACAUUAUUUUGUAGGAUAAAAAUUUACAAAAAAAAAAUACAAAUAAAUAUAAUCAAAUAUAGAUCCGGUCUCGUAAGUAUUAACAAAAAAAAAACAAAAUAUUGGAAAAUUCUUUUCUAUACAACAAGCAUUUAAAAGAAAUAAUAACAUUAUUUAGUGACUAGCAUCAAU